UAUACAUAUGUAUGCACAUAUAUAUAUAUAUAUAUAGUAUAAAUAUAUAUUAGCAAAAUGCCGUUGCAACCGAUACGAUUCUUUUAUGAUCUCUUAAAUCAGUCCAGUCGCGCUUUAUACAUAUUUUUAGAAUCUUCUAAAAUACCCUUUGAAGCGGUCUCGAUUUCAGUAUUAAAAGGUGAACACUUGACGGGAGAAUAUCGGGAUAAAGUGACACGUUUUAAAAAAGUCCCUGCUCUAACUGAUCAUAAUCUUCAGUUGUCGGAAAGUGUGGCUAUGUUUCGGCAUUUGAUCCGUGAAAAUAUUAUACCUGAACAUUGGUAUCCACGUAAAAAUUUCGGACGCAGUCGUAUCGAUGAGUUUUUGGAAUGGCGACAACGUAAUUUAGGCUUAGCUUCUACCGAUUAUUUCCAGCAAAAAUGGUUGGUUCCAUACUUGCAGAAAAGACAACCAAACGAAAGUGCGGUUAAUGUGGCAGAAAAACAACUUAAUCACACCUUGAAUGAGUUUGAGCAAUUAUUCUUACACUCGAAGGGUUUCAUGAUCGGCGAUAAUAUCUCCUAUGCCGAUUUAUUGGCCAUCUGUGAAAUCGAUCAGCCUAAAUAUAUUGGUUUCAAUCCGUUUAUUCAUCGUCCUAAACUUGACAGAUGGUAUAAAACUGUACGCGAUGAACUUGGUACUUAUUAUAAGGAAGUCACCCAUGAGUUUGACAAUAAAUUAAGAACUGCUGAGAAAAGUCAUAAGGAAGCCAUAUCGCUUAAGCAGUGAUUUACUUAACAAUUUGUUAAAUUUUUACUUUUUUUUUUCUAUCUUUAUUUUUUAUUAUAAUAAUCUUAAGCUUGUUUGUUGUAGUAAGUAGUGGCAUUAGUAAUAAUUAUAUAUCGUAUUGUGCUGAUACUAUGGAUCUAUAUAAAAUAUAUGUCAUGUAAUAAUUUUUUA